AUGAUCAACGUCUUCCAUGACCAUGCCGCCGCCAUUCAAGCCCUCUCAUUCUUUCGCCCAUUCGUCCGGCGUUCGGAUUUCCCGCUCAAUGUCGCCGCCAUAUCCAGGCUGAGAGACGAGGCGGAGCACAUCCAAAACGCAAUCAACGCCCUCAAGCCACAGCUAGAAACCCUCGAAGACCGUCUAGCGGCCAUCCAGCAUGACCUAUCGAGCGUUGUGUACCCUGUCAACUCUCUCCCCGCCGAAAUUCUGGGCCGGAUGUUUGAGGUAGCCAUGGACUCCGUGCCUCCCCACGAAAUCAACCGCACACGAUUCCGAAUUACUGCCGUCUGUCGACUUUGGCGCGAUAUCGCGAUCGCGCACCCACACGUGUGGACGCGGAUCUACCCCCCGCGCCGGACCCUCAAUUCCAGUAGCGACUCCUUAUUCGACGAUUCGCUGCAGCACGCUCGCGGUUUACCGCUGGAAUUUUCCCUGCCUCGCCACUCUAGGCCUCCCCGUUUUCUAUUCAACUCUGCUGCGCAGUGGGCCGUUGCCUCCGUGGAGAGCACCCCCUGGUCACGUUUCGCAAGCCAUGACCAUCGCAUCGAGUGUCCGCGACUCACAAAGCUUGUCAUCGACUUACAGGAUUUUACGAGACCGAAUCAAUACUACAUGGAACUGGACACCCCGAAUCUGCGUGAGCUGUCCAUCCGCACGCCGACCUACUUGACGGGCCCUUAUCUCUCGUUUCCCCGCCACCAGCUGAAGAAACUGACCAUCCGGCAAUCGGCGACGUAUGAGGAGCUCUUGCCCCUGCUCGCGGAACUAGUCGGCCUGGAGGAGCUCGUCAUCGCCUCAGCUUUCAACUGGGGGGGCUCUGUGGACCCGAAGUUCGAGGUGACGCCCGUCUUGAUGCCCCACCUGUCCACGCUCCUUCUGGGCGCGCUUACCAAUGCCUACCUCCUCAAAUACGUCGACCUCCCCGCGCUAACGACGCUGGAGCUCGCGGAUUUUGACGCGGAGGAAAUCCAACUCGUGAUAUCCUGCAUCGUCCGCUCCGGCGCACGCAUCACCACCCUCUCCUUGAUGCCCACCAUCUACGCCGACCUCAAGCACGCUUUCCUGUCCCCCGCGUUCAGCCCAGUCACACAGCUGCUGGUCACCGCGUUUAACAUGCGCCCCAGUAAGGCUCAGCAGUGCGCCGCGGACCUUGCGCGGCUCGACACCCUGCCCAACCUUGCUGCAUUCACCCUGCACGUCGCCGCCGGCCGGCGCCAAGACCGGAAUUGGGAUCGGGACGCCAGGGACGGCCUUGUCAGCCUCGAACCCUUCCUCGAGGGGGUUGCCUCCAGAGCCGCUAAUGCGCUGCAAGCUGUCGGUCACGGGAUGCCAGUGAAGCUCACCAAGCUCUGCACCGAGUUCAGUGCACCAAGCAGGAUUUCGUCGCAGGACAUGCGUGGCGCGGCACGCUUGCAGCGGAUUUUAAAAAGUCUCAGCUUGUGUAUCCUUCAAGAUUAG